GCCAUGUAUAUGGCUUCCGCGUACAUGGUGUCUUAAAAACAGUAUCCGUCCAAACCAAAUUUUGUCCCUCCGUUCUUACAAUCAAUGUCAAUCAUCAGAUCAAAACUGUUCAAAAUUUUUUGCUUCAGUAAAAUUGUAUUCAAAAUAUUCAGUUUUAUUUCGAGAUAAUCCUUCGUUCCCCGAUAAAUUGGAAUUUCAAUUGCCAAACGCAUUGUCAAAUUCUGAUAUUUCACAUGCAAAACAUGAGUUUGACAGGGAUGAUUCGCAGGCCGUGAUUUCAAAGUCACUAGCUUGUAAUCUAGGUAUUUGUUCUUUAUUUGAUAGGGUGGAUAAUUUGGAAUUUUCUAUACGACUAAAUCUUAUUGAAGUGGUCAAUAAUAUUCCAAUCGCAACUCGCGUCAUUUUGUCCAGUAUAACCAAACAUUUUGCGAACGCUCAUGAUGACAAUUCAGCGAAUAACAAAAUUGAUGAGAAUAUUAUUAAAAGAGUUCAUCUAGGGUCGAUUGUUUCUACCAAUACCUGGAUCUGUUAUCAAGGGUGUAAUGGGAUGGAAUUUUUAAAAGUCUUGCAAAUUUAUAUAAAUGAUGAUAACAUAAAAUCACCAGUUUUGGCAACAAAAAAUGUAGUCGUUUCAUCAAUUGAUUCAGUAUAUCAUAUUUCAAAAAUUUCUGAGACAACAAAUAUUGAAAUUGCUAAUGAUCCAAAUGUAUUAUUUAUAAGAUAUAAGAUGGAUGGUUUACAAAAGAUCUACCAACCCGUAUUUUAUGAGUCAAAGUUUCACGAUAGAUCUCAAUGGUUGGAGAUAAUAGUUAGACAAAUCGGUGGUUUAGAUAAUGUUAUUUCAGAAAUUAUUGAACAGAUUCAUACUUUUGUUGUGACUGCACUACGUGGAAAAUUUAGAAGAGGGAUAAAAAGAAGUAAAGGUAUAUUGUUGACAGGCAAACCUGGAACAGGCAAAACAUCACUUGCUUUGUGUAUUGCUGAAACAUCAGGAUUACCUUAUGUAGUAAUAAAUUGCCCAGAUAUGUUCAAAACUGAUGAGGGUGCUGCGGAGAAAGAAAUUUGUUUAAUAUUUGAAUCAAUGUUACGCCACAGAGCUUCUAUUGUAAUAUUGGAUGAGAUCGAUACUAUUGCCGAUACUUCUGCUAGUGAUCGUGCAGGAAUAGAAGCAAAGUUAUUUUCAAUAAUUAUAAAGUUAAUUGACUCGAUUAAUGAAAGUGUCUGGGAAAAUUCAGACAAAGGCCAGAUAUUUAUUAUUGGAUCAACUAAUCGUCAUCAUGCGAUCAAUAGCAAUCUUUAUCGUCCUGGGAGGCUCGAUCGUAUCUAUGAACUUGUUAUUAAAAAGUCGGAGCAGAGAUUGGGAAUUUUAAAAAUAAUGUCAGAAAAACUUCCAUUUGUCGAACAAAAAGAUUCAAUAUUGCAAAAAGUCAGUAGAAUGACACAUGGAUUCGUUGCUACCGAUCUACAAUAUCUUUGUACACAAGUUGCAAUGCAGCUGGUUAGAGAAUGUAAUAUAAAUAAUGAUAGUGAGGAUCUAGAUAACCCGCAUAUACAUGCUAGAUUCCAACAUUUUGAGGAAGCUCUUAAAGUUGUCAAGCCAUCAAACUUAAAUGAAUUUCAGACAAAGAUUCCAGAUAUACGGUUUUCCGAUAUAUUUGGUAUUGAUGAAAUCAUUGACGAUCUCAAAUUGACUGUAAUUGAACCAUUUCAUAAUCCGCAAGAGUUUAUCAAAUUCGGAAUUUCUCCACCGCGUGGGAUUCUUGUUUACGGGCCACCUGGUGUAGGAAAGACAAUGCUUAGUUGUGCUAUAGCUGCUGAAACUGGAAUAAAUUUUAUAUUUGUUGAGAGCUCACAUAUAAGAUCAAAGAUUGUUGGCGAAUCAGAGAAUAAUAUUUCUAGGAUGUUUGCGCAAGCAAAAGCUAACUCUCCUUGCGUUUUGUUUAUUGAUCAAAUCGAAAUUUUGGCUUCAAUUAGAGGUACCAGUGCAACAUCUGAAAAUACGGAAGAUCGUAUAGUUACAAGUUUUUUGACAGAAAUGGAUGGUAUCUUUACUUCAAGAAAUAGGAAAGAACCUGAGGUUGAUAUUUUAGUUAUUACAGGCAAGGUUUUAAACCAAUUAAUUAGCACAACAAAUAGACCUGAAAUCAUAGACUCGGCACUUUUAAGACCUGGCAGAUUAGAUCAACAUAUUUAUAUUCCACCACCAAAUUCUGAGCAACGUAGUUCCAUUUUGAAAGGCAAACUUCAAAAAAUGCCAACGAAUAUAACGAAUGAUCAACUAUCUUAUUUAGUUCAAGAUACUGAUGGAUUUUCAGGUGCCGAUUUAGAUAGCUUGUGUAGAGAAGCGGCAUUAAUUAGUAUUAGAGAAAAUAUUGAUAAUGAAAGAAUUACCUAUAGCCAUUUUGUUCAAGCAAAGUCUAUAUGCAAGGCCUCAUUAUUAGAUUAUCAACCAGUUUUUAUUUCAAGCAAAUGCUGUUGA